AAACAUAUUUUAUAGAUUUUAAAAGCCAUAAUUGAACAUAAAUAAAGUCAUAAUAAUAUAACAUUAUGAAGAAAGCGGUUAUAUACACAGGUAGAAUAGCAAGCAAAUUUCUACUAAUUGAUAAUCAAAACCAAUAAUGACCUAUAUGAAAGUUCAGUCACCGACGAAGUCUAGAAAAUAGCGAAAAAUAUUAUAAAAAAAACUACUGUUGUGAAGUUAGCAACUUGUGAAGUAACUCAGCGGUUCUUAUUGUUAUUUGCGAUCGCAUUAUCGCUGACAAGUGGUGAUAUCAAACGUUUUGUAAAAUGUUUUGUCCAGUCAUUGCUUAAUAUAAAUUUCACAGAGUGCAGUGUCCAUUUGUAAAAAAAAAGCGGUAAACAAUAUUUCACGAUGAAAGUAACCGUUACUACUGUAAAUGAUGAGAUUUUCGUCAUCGAUGUCGCCGAAGAUUUGGAAUUGGAGAAUUUUAAAGCGUUAUGUGAAAUCGAAUCUGGAGUUCAGGCGAAGAAUAUUAUAAUAAACCACAAUGGCAAACCAUUAAUAGGUGACAAGAAAUCUUUAAAAGAUCACGGAGUUAGUGAUGGAGAUGUUAUUGUGUUACUUCAUUUAUCUCGGUCCCCUUCCAGCAUGACAGUUGAUAAUAACGAUGGGUUGGCAAACCUGGACUUCAGUAGUAUCCAAGUUCCUCUCGGUGCCGCUAGUACAUCAAUGGGUACCGGAAGUGUCCCCGCGGACGAAGACCCUCGACUCAUCAGGGAAAUGUUCCUCGCAAAUCCUGACCAGUUAGCACUUCUCAAACAAAAUAACCCACGUCUCGCAGAUGCCUUACUAAGUGGUAACCUUGAAACCUUUUCUUCUAUUUUACAAGAACAGAUAAAGGCAAGAUCACAGCGUCAACAACAACGGAUAAAAAUGAUGAAUGCAGAUCCAUUUGAUACAGAAGCACAAAGAAUGAUUGCGGAAGAAAUAAGACAGAAGAAUAUUGAAGCUAACAUGGAAGCAGCUAUGGAAUAUAAUCCAGAGAUUUUCGGUACUGUUGUGAUGUUGUAUAUUAAUUGCCAUGUAAAUGGGUUUCCUGUUAAAGCAUUCAUCGAUUCAGGUGCUCAGACAACCAUUAUGUCUGCAGCUUGUGCAGAAAGAUGUAAUAUUAUGAGACUGGUGGAUACAAGAUGGGCGGGAAUAGCUAAGGGUGUUGGUGUGCAACGUAUUAUUGGCAGGAUCCACAUGGUGCAAAUGAGAAUCGAGAAAGAUUUUCUAACAACAUCUUUCUCUGUGUUAGAAGAACAACCAAUGGAUAUGCUUCUUGGAUUAGACAUGUUAAAAAGACAUCAAUGUAUUAUUGAUUUGAAACGAAAUGUGCUACACAUUGGUACCACUGGUACGGAGACUCCAUUUCUUCCUGAAUCUGAGUUACCAGACUGUGCUAGAUUAUCUGGUAAUUCUGAUGAUGAAAUGGUCAAUCAAACAUUGCAAGAAGGUAAAGACAAGUUAAGACAGGGUCAAAGUAAUGUAAAUCAAGCAAUAGGGACAAAUCAACCAGUAACUCAAAGUCCUGUAAGGUCUUCUCCAGGGCAACCUAAUGCAAGGGUUGGUCUCGGAGACUCAAAUUUGACCGUGUUACCAACAGACCCAUUUAGUGAAACUGAAGUGGAAGAAAUUAUUAAUCUAGGGUUCACGAGAGAACAGGCUAUUGUUGAACUAAGAAGAUUCAAUGGUGAUAAAACUCAAGCUACUGUUGCUCUAUUUGCAAAAUCAUUAAAAUUCUAAGACACAGUGUGUAUGGACUUGUGUAUGAAACUUAAUGUAUGUUGGUGGAUGGUGGACUUGUUAAUAAUAUUGUAAUUAAUAAUUUAAAAUGUGUAACAUGAUUCCGAGGACAUACCAGAAUGUUUUUUUAAACAGAUAUUUUAUCUUGAGUUCAUGCAAGUAAUAAAAAAGUUAGUACAUCUUACUAUUAUU